UAUAAAUAUAAAUACAGAUAACAGAUUAUAGCCCUGUAGCCUAUAAUUUACCAUUAUAUUUACAGUUUACUAUUAGUUAUAUACUUUUUUUUUUAAAUUACUAAUUAGUAUUGUAAUUUGUUGUAAGUUAGUGUUGGACGUUGGUCAAGACUGCCGGGCGCAUCUUUGAGUUAAAAUCGUCGUGUUUAAUAUUAUUCGUUUUUAAUAAAACAUAAUUUAAAAAUGGCUGCUGUAGCAAACAAACCAAAGUCUGAGAUGACUCCAGAAGAGUUAGCAAAACGUGAAGAAGAAGAAUUCACUACAGGCCCAAUGUCGGUAUUAACCCAAUCUGUACGUAAUAACACUCAAGUAUUGAUAAACUGCCGUAACAACAGAAAACUUUUGGCAAGAAUCAAAGCAUUUGAUCGACAUUGUAACAUGGUAUUAGAAAAUGUACGAGAAAUGUGGACCGAGUUACCUAAAACUGGCAAAGGCAAAAAAAAAGCGAAAGCUGUUAGUCGAGACAAAUAUAUAUCUAAAAUGUUUCUACGUGGAGAUUCGGUUAUUUUAGUUGUCAAGAACCCUAAAGAAGCUGUCCGGCAAACACCGCUGGCCCCUUAAUAUGUAUUCCUCCUUUUCAUAAAUUAUAUUUAAGAUAUUUGCAUUCAAAAUAUAAGUUUGAUCUUCAUUUCCUAUAAUCUAACUUUAAUAAUAUGUUCUUAAAUGUGGCUGAAUAUUUUUUGAACACAUUAAAAUUGUUUUUUAGUGUGUCA